ACCCAUGCUCCUGGCACUUCUCUCCGAGCCAUCCCGGAGUUGCUUACUCCAUACUUUAUUCCUGCUCCCAGCGUGCAGACCCUCCUUCCUCAGCUCAGCGGGGAGAGAGUCCCACAACACUUCUGCCCCUCCCGCAAGACUGCGGCAGGCCACAGCACCGGCAGACGCCACACUCAGCAGGGACACUGCAGCAUGGAGCUGAAGAGAGGAAAGACAUUCAUCAAAUCUAGCCUGCAGAUUGACCAUGAGAAACCCCCAGAUCCAGCAGCCACUGCCCUGGCCACGGAGGAUGCAGUCUCACCAGGAGGGCAGCAGCGACCCCACAGUGAGAGGGCCCCCCAGGUCAGUCCCAGCACCCAAGGAUAUGACAGGUGCUCCGACAAGGGGGCCCAGCCAGACGCCAAUGGGGGGCCUGCAGCUCUCUGUGGGACCACCUUCAAACUGGUGCAGAAGAGCAAGACUCAAGACGCUGUGCCCAGGGCUGACAGGGCAGCCGCAGCUACAGGGCAGCUGGUGGGCAGCGCAAGCUUCCCAGGGCCCCCCAGGAGCCAGCGCAUGAUUGACUACCGCCACUUUGUACCCCAGAUGCCCUUUGUACCAGCUGUGGCCAAGAGCAUCCCAAGGAAGAGAAUUUCCCUGAAACGACCCAAGAAAUGUUUUCGGAAUCUAUUCCACAUCCGCAGAAACAAAACUGAGAAUUUGGCCUCGCUGGCAACGAAGGGGAAGAGCUUGUCCUCCCCUGAGGGCCCAUCAGAGGCUGGAGGGCAGCAAGGCACAGCUUGCUUCCCCUUGGGCGAGGGGCUGGGACUGGACAGCCUGUGCCAGGACCUGUCUGACAGUGAGUUCCUACCCGACUCCUCCUUUGACCUUUGCAGGGCCCUGUGUGAGGAUGUGGCCUCACUCAAGAGCUUUGACUCACUCACCGGCUGCGGGGAGAUCUUUGCAGACGAGAGCUCAGUGCCCUCCCUGGAGCUGCAUGAGGGCCUGGAGAGCCCUGCCCGGGCAUCCAAGGCCCCUGACUGCAUGGCUUCCAGGGGCCCCUUCCAGGGCAGCGUAGAGCAGCUGGCAUCGCCUGCCCAGAACGAGAUGUCUGACUUUGACAAGUUCUGGGACCGUGUGAAUCACUCGGUGAGGCAGCAACAGCGCGCCCUGCUAGGUCCGUGGCUAGGGGGCCCCCAGGGGUCAGACACAGACAAGCCCAGGCCAGAUGCAGCUGGGCUUGCUGAGCUUCCCCUGUGCCCAUGCAGGGACCCCCACGGCGGCUCCAAAGCCAGCUCCAUAGACACGGGCACGCCCAAGAGCGAGCGGCCAGAGUCUGUGUCCACGAGCGACGAGGGCUACUACGACUCCUUCUCACCAGGCCUCGAGGAGGACAAGAAGGAGGCCCCGAGCCCAGGCACACCCGCAGCCGCCUUCCCCAGGGACAGCUACAGCGGAGACGCCCUCUACGAGCUCUUCUACGACCCCACCGAGGGCCCUGGGAGCCCGAGCCUGGACGACGACCUGUGUGUGUCUGAGAGUCUGUCGGGGCCGGCCCUGGGAGCCCCGCUGUCCAUGUGCAGUUUCCACGUGGGGGCAGAAGAGAACCUGGCCGCCGCUCCAGGCCCAGACCUGCUCAGCCAGAGCUUCCUGCAGAGCUCCUGGAGGGGCAAGGAGUGCCUGCUGAAGCUCUGCGACACCGAGCUUGCCAUCACCAUGGGCAUUAUCAACUGGCUCCGCCGGAGCCCAGAGCUCCGUGUCCCGCCUGCCUCGGCCCCCAGGGAGCCUGCAACGCCCCCGGGAGGACUGGUGGAGAAACCAGGAGCUGGCUCUGAGAAGGUGUGCCUAGGUCCAGUGAAGCUGGAGGGCGGGGGGACCCGGGCCUUAGAUGCGGGGAGGACCUCCGUGAGCUCAGCACCCAGCAGGCGGGAGCUGUGGGCAUGUUCGGGCCCCAAGGGCCCGCUUGCUGGAGUGAGUGAGGUCCUAGCGGGGACCAAGCAGGGGACCAGCUCUCCAUCCAGGGACCCCCCUCUGGAGUGUGUGCAGGUCUCUGGGGAAGAAGGGACACAAGGCCACCCUGAAGGCUCGUUCUCCUCUGUGGGGUCUGCAGCCCCCAUGGCAACCAACACAUCCAGCAAAAACAAGGUCCCAAACCCCUCUGCCUGGCCUGGCUCCCAGGAGCCCAGUUUUCCUGGGAACCUGGGGUGUUUCCAAGGUCCCUGGAGGCCAGGUCUCGGGGGGAGCACCGUGGAUUUAGAGCUCACUCUGACAGGCUGUGUGGCCCAGGUGGCAGCCCUACAGAUCCACCCAGACUGUCAGCCCCCCAGGCAGAACACAGGUAGCGGGCUCUGCGGACAGCCUCAGGCCAGGGGCCCUGACGUUCUGCAACAGAAACAGCCUAACAGCUUCCCUAGCAUGGCUGCCCUAUGUGGCCUGCCCUCCCUGGCCAGCCCACUCCACAGCCCACAGGACCAGAGGUGCCCAGGCCGCAUUCUGGACCUGAGCCAGAACAGGGUGGAGCCCGCCAGGCUGGAUGCCCAGGCCCAUGCCUCUGUGGAGGACCAGCCUCUGCAGCUCAGCUCGAGGGCUAUAGAGCAGGCUGCACACAGGAGCCAGCUGGACUCAUAGCCCCCUCAGUCCUGCUGCCUGGGAUCACCUGCCAGGAAUUCUGGCCCCCACUUCCAACAGCCAGUGGGAGGGGGCCCACUCUGCAAGUGCCCCAGAAAGCCGCUGCAGCUUCUUGGACCACGAGGGCAUCCUCUGCAACCAGCAGGAAGUGGGACCUCCCAGGCCAGCACGGCUGAGACCCACCUUUGGAACGGUCUUGUGUCUUUGUGGUCACACUCAGGAGAGCCUAAGACCCAAAUCUCCACCCUUUGUCCCCGAUGUGAGGACUGUAUUGGGGGGGAGGGGGUGGCAGGACUCAGUGGGGCGGGGCAUUUUAACAUGGAGGCAUCCACAGCUGAACCCACCAGCUCAGCCAGAAUAGGUCCCGGGCAGCCCAAGGCCAAGGACAAUCGCAAAGCUUCUAGCGCUCUCAAAAUGUGCCUCACCGACUUUCCCACCAAAAAAUGAAGCGUCUAAACCCAGAUGUGAAGUAGCCACAUUUGGCCACUCCUCAUACAGCAUGUCAGAGAGAGGAGCUCGGGUUUGAAACUGAUGGGAUGGAAAUAGUACAUAUUAUAAAGGGUACAUAUUGUGCUGAUAACUCUGCACAAGGGUUGAGAGUAAUAAAUGUGAGUGGGGGGUCUGAGGCUCAGGGGUAGGCGCUUGAAACAGGGGUAGGGGGCUGCAGAUGAGCUUGGGAGCGCCCACUUGCCCCACCCCAGCCUGCUCUCCACCCCCAGGAUGAGCAGCCACAGCCUUCGGGACCCUGAAGGGCUUCUCUGAGGGAAUCAGAAGCAGAACCAGCCAUCUCAGCAAGAGCCUUGAACCAGCAGAUGCCAUGCAUUCCUGUGCAACCUUGCCAGGGCUGGCCAGACCCUGCAGACUUUGGCCUAUGGGUGUUCUCUGUCACAAAGCAUCCCAUCCAAACAAUGACUUCCCCCAGCUUGCAUUCUCUAACCGAGCUACAGGUGGCAAGAUACUCUUGGGGAAGAAGCUGACUGAUUCUCCACACUGCCAUUCUUGCCCUCCAUGCUGCCAAGCAUUCUAGCCUCCCGCUUCAGGAAGGCUCACCUUUGAAUGAGGCUGUAUCCCCCAACCCCUCGAAAGCCACAACAUGUGCACAGCUCCAAACAUUCAGAAUCACAGAGGGAAAGGUGGCUCGCACCUCAGGAAGGGCAGGUGUCUGUUUGGCCAGCCUCAGGGCAGCAGGCCAGCAGCCAGCCCCUUGCCAGGGUUCCCUACGAUUAGAUCCUGCCUCAGCUGCCCUGUUGUGGUGAGGUGCCAGGCGGGGGUGGGGGGUGCGUGGGGGGGGAGUAUGCCACAGGCAGCUAUGAAGCUUUUUCUAGAAGAGAGGCCAGCCUAGGAAGGGGGCAGGCCCAGUGAUGAGGGAGGAAUUCCAGAUGGAGGGAUGCAGUCUGGCAAGCUGACCACAGGCUGGGGCCUCUCCUGAUUGUCUGAGGCUUUGUUUCAGGCUAGAACACGCUCCACGGCCCUCAUUAACAACUGCUUCCUGGGGCCCACUGUGUGGAGGAUGCAUGCAGCACAUGGGAGGUUCAAAAGGGCAUGACAGGGCUCCUGACCAGGCCCAUCGAGACAGGACACAAGGAAGGUCAGGGCCAGCCUUUCUGGGAAGCCACACUUGACCCUUCCUCCCAGGACUGCCACAAGUGGUCACGACAGCGUUAUUGGGCCUAGAUGGGAGCAGGUGACAUGUGGAGUAGCUCGCUGCAUCCCUGCAGCAAUCGGAAUGCAGCUGCUCUCCUGGUUUCUGACAUGGAAACCGAGGCCAGGGUGCGGAUGUGGCUUGCCCAUGACACACUCGGGCAGUGUGUGGGACUGAUGGUGUCGGAGCCGAACCCCAACUCCUAGGGCCCAGCUCUCGGUAGGCUCCUGCCAUGAACACCCCUCUCGAAGCCUCCUCUCCUCCCUUCUUUUAGGGCACAGGUGUCUGGGUUCCAGGAGUGCACCUCCGUUACUUUGUACCGCACCUGAGCAGAGCAAGUGCUCAGUAAAUACUGUUACAAGAAUGAAAUAUCAAAAGGUUGUACAUGGUUUUCUGAUUUCUUGUUGCCUGUGGGCCUUGUGUCUAGAGAGCAGCAGAGUUGGGUUUAACCUGGCAGAAGUUCUGAUGGAGACUUCCUUGAUGUGACACAAUGACUUCUGGAGAUGUGGAAGAACCAGCCUGGUCCAAGAGCACUGGGAAGGGCAGGAACCAAAGUGGUCCAGGUCAGGAGAGGCCUGGAGUCAGGAGGGCAGUACCAAAGGGGAGCCAGGACUCAGAGUCCAUGGUGAAGCAGGUGCACAGUGACCCAACAGCAGGGCAGCAGAAACAAGGACUUAGAACCAUGCCUACUGGGAGGAAAUAUUGCCCAGUGGCUCUCAAUCUGGGGAGCAUUUUAAGCAAUCCCAACACUGCAGAGAUUCUCACUCAGCAAUCUGGGGAGUGGUCCCAGCAGUGGUGUGCUAGGCGCCCUGCUGGGAGAGUGAAAGAGGCUGUGUGAUCUUCCUCUUGUGUGCACUGAGUCAAGGGUCCCUCAGCCCAUCUCUCUUUCUGCACCCCACCCCUCAGGCUGCCCUCCCCAGCAAGAUGGGUCCAGGCAAUGCCAUUCUGACGGCUUCACAGUCCUCAAGGAUGUCCUUGAGGUGAUGCACUGGGAGGAAGAGGGGAACUUCAGGGUCCAGCUCCUGGGACAGGUGCCUAACCCAGUGAUGGGUGUGGAAGAGACCUGCUUGGGGCAUUUUCAUAACUCUGGUCAAUUUCCAGCCCUCUCAUUCACACGUGGCUGUAGAGGUUAUAGAAGAUUUUUCCCAUGUAAAGUAAAAUCCUGAGAAGUAGGUCCAGUUGUCCCCAGUUCACAGAUGUCCCAGGGUCACACAGUGGUGGGGGAGCUGGGGUUCACCCUGGAGCCUGUGCACUGUGCUUCUGCCCUUCCAACCUUCUGAAGUUGAGUUAGAAAAUAGGAAGGUACCCAGGCAGCCUCCCAGCUGGGGGAGGCCUGGGCCCUACAGCAGGGUGGCCAGGGUGGACCAGGAGGGCAGGGAAGAGAGCAGGAGAAGGUGCUGGAAAGAAGAAGGAGGUGAAGGCCAGCACAGGUUGGGGAAGUGCCUGCCAACUACAUUGGGGGUGCUUCUUACCUUUCCUGGCUCUUCAGUUUAUUUAUUUGUUUGUUUGCUUAUUUAUUUAUUUAUUUUUAUAAAAUGGGGACAAAUAUACAGAAUACAAAACUCAAAUGACACAGAAGGGAGAACAAUGAAAAGUGAGUCUCCUCCAAUUCCUCCAUUACCCCCUGUUGUUUUGAAUCAAAAUUAAUACCCACUUACUACAACCAAUUCAAACAAUGCCAAGUGCAGAGCCUCCUCUUCCCUGUCCUUCUUGAACAUUGGGUGUGUCCUCAGACCCUUUCUCUGCCCAUGACAUAAACACACAUGGACUUGAACCUUUUUUCUUACUGCACACCAUAUCACAGAUGUGUUCCUUGAGCUUAGCAGGCACCAGGAGCACGCAGGUUCUCCAUUCUCUUGAAAGCUGCACAGCAGUCUCCUGAAGGUGGCAAGUAAUUUAAACACUCUCCUGUUGAUGGAUAGUCAAGUUAUUUCCCAUUUUUGCUGUUACAAACAAUGCUGCACGCACUCCUUUUUCUCCUAAAUGUUCUCUCUGAAAGUCCUCUUCAAAACUAUAAAAGUGAAAUUUAACAAGGAACAGAUGUAAUUUUUAAAAUGAACAGUGCAUCCUGCUUCUAUGUCUCCACCCCAAUGCCCACCUACCUUAAGGGCCUGAUGUUAAUGGCCUGGGCUCCAUGCUCAUACAAACAUACUACACACCCCCAUCUUUGGAAGGGGAGAGGUGAGUUCUUUUGUUAUUAUGUAUAAGGCCUUAAAAAUUGUCAUUCCCAUCCUUACAACAAGAAAAAUGUGGACAACCUGAAAAUCCAUGACUUUCCUUGAUUCAUCAGAAAACAGAGGUCACAGAGCAAAUAACUCCUCUGAAGUCUGGAGGCAAAGGUGCAUCCAGAGAAACGAGGCAACCAAGACCUGGUGCAAGAUGCCAAAGAACUGGUAGGAACUGUUCAGGAGUCGUUUUGACAAGUGGCUGUAGGCUGAAUAAGAAGCUAUAAGGGGCUGGGCAGUAAAGGGGGGCUCACACUUUCAUGGCUUUCCUCCAGGAACCACACUGUGUUUUCAGGGUGAGGACAAAAGACCCCCUCAUGGGCUUGGCAAAGGAAGAAGAGUAGCCAUUGUGAAACCCUCCAUAACCUUCUCCCUAACAGGCCUAUGUAAAGGGGAGGGGCUUCCCCAGGGGACUCUUCUGAAGACUUUUCCAAGCUGAAGGAAGGCACUCCACCCGACCCCUGUCAUCUCCAGCCUUCCUGUCUCACUUAAGAAAAAGAAAUAUAGAUAGAAAGAAAGAUAAAAAGAAAAGGACAGUUAACCAGAAAAGGACUCCAAAAUACAAAACUGGAAAUGGUGGGCCAGAAGGGACUAGGGUUUUGGAAGGCUUAACCCCACCCUGGGGGCACAGGCCCACAAAAGACUGAGACUGAUUAGAAGCUUAGAAGAUAAGGGCACAUUCUCUCCCUCCUGACUAACCCCAUUACCACACUAAUAAGCCUCCAGUAAUAAGAACUGUGGAUUAAAACUAAAAGAGCUACAAGACAAAGACUCUCUCUAAAGAUCAGAACAAAAGGAAGCCACAAAGAAAAGAAGGGAAGAAAAAGUAAGCCCACUAGAGUAAUAUGAAGCCUCUGGUGCCUAUAGUUAUAAGAAAUAUUAAAGCAGCCCAACUCUUAGCCAGAUUAACAUAAAUCCUCACACUAAAAGCCUAUUUACCUCAGUACCUAUUACCCUAUACAAUGUCUGGCUUUCAACAAAAAAUUAUAAAACCUGUUAAAGCCAAGAGUAAACAAUGUCUGAGGGACAAAGCUGUUGCCAGAACCAGUCACAGAUGUUGGAAUUAUCACAUAAAGAUUAUAAAAUAAGAUUGAUUAAUAUGUUAAGAGUUCGAGUGAAAAAAGUAGGCAAAAUGCAAGAACAAGUGGUAAUAUAGCUGACAGGAAGAAUUCCAAGAAAGAAAUCCAAAGAAUAUGCUAGAAGUCAAAAACACUGCAAAUUAAAUGCAGAAUUAAACAUGGCUGAGUAAAGAAUCGGCAAGCUUUAUUAGAAAAUACUUGAGACAAAUAAAAAGAGACACAAUAUACCAAAACUUACAGGAUGCAGAGAAAGCAGUGCUAAGUAGGAAAUUUAUUGCUACAAUGCAUACAUUAAAAAAGAAGAAAGAUCUCAAAUCGAUAACCUAAAUUUAUAUUUUAAGGAACUAGAAAAAGAAGAAUAAACUAACCCAUAGCCAGUAGAAGGAAAGAAGCAAUAAAACUUAGUGGAGAUAAAUACAAUAGAGAAGAGAAAAAAAAAUAAAACAGGAAAAAGUCAUCAAAACCAAAGUUGAUCUUUUGAAAAGAUCAACUAAAUUGACACACAUUUAGCUUAAACUGAGUACAAAAGAGAGAAGACUCAAAGUACUGAAAUCAGAAAUAUAAGUGGAGAUAUCACUACCAAUUUUAUAAAAAUAAAAAAGAUAAUAAGAGAAUGCUAUGAACAUUUAUAUAUCAACCAAUUGCAUAACCUAGAUGAAAUGGACAAAUUCCUAGAAAUGUACAUCUAUAAAAAUGAAUCACGAAGAGGGGCUUCCCUGGUGGCGCAGUGGUUGAGAGUCUGCCUGCCGAUGCAGGGGACACGGGUUCGUGCCCCGGUCCAGGAAGAUCCCACAUGCCGCGGAGCUGCUGGGCCCGUGAGCCAUGGCCACUGAGCCUGCACGUCUGGAGCCUGUGCUCCACAACAGGAGAGGCCACAACAGUGAGAGGCCCGCGUACUCCAAAAAAAAAAAAAAAAAAAUAGAAUCACGAAGAAAAAGAAAAUCUGAAUAGACCUAUAACUAAUAAGGAGACUAUGUCAGUAAUAAAAAAAUCUCUCAGUAGAGAAAAGCCUAGGACAAGAUGGCUUAACUGGUAAAUUCCAUCAAACAUUCAAGGAGGAUUUAAAACUAAUUACGCUGAAACUGUUCCAAAAUAUUGAAGAGGUGGGAAUAGUUCCUAACUGAUUCCAUGAGGUCAGCACUACCCUGAUACCAAAGCCAGAAAAGAAACUACAAGAAAACUACAUACCAAUAUUUCUUAUGAAUAUAUAGAUACAAAAAUUCUCAACAAAAUACUAGCAAACUGAAUUCAGCAGCAUAGUAAAAGGAUUAUACACCAAGACCAAGUGAGUUUUAUUCCUGAAGUGCAAGAAUGGUUCAAUAUACAAAAAACAAACUAUGUAAUACAUGCCAUUAAUAAGAUGAAGGAAAAAAACCACAUGAUCAUCUCAACUGAUGCAGAAAAGGCAUUUUACAAUAUCCAACACCCUUUCAUGAUAAAAAAUACUCAAUAAACUAGGAAUAGAAAGAAAUAUCCUCAACACGACAAAGGGAAUUAAAAACUCACAGCUAACAUUACCCUCAAUGGUAAAAAGACUGAAACUUUCUCCUAAGAUCAGACAUAAGACAAGGAUGCACACUUUCAGACAACAUGAUUUUAAAAAUAGAAAAUUCUAAAGAUCCACAAGAAGACUGCUAGAGUUAAUAAAUUAAUUCAGCCAAGUUGAAAGAUACAAAAUCAACAAAUAUCAGUUGAAUUUCCAUACACUAACAAUGAACAAUCCAAAAAGGAAAUGAAUAAAACAAUUUCAUAGCAUAAAAAAUAAAACACUUGGGAAUGAAUUUAACCAAGGAGGCAAAAUAAUUGUACGUUGAAAACUAUAAAGUAUUGCUGAAAAAAAUUUAAGACAUAAAUAAGUAGAAAGAUAACUCGUGUUCAUGGAUUGGAAGAUUUAAUAUUGCUAAAAUGAAAAUACUAUCUAAAGCAAUCUAAAGAUUCAAUGCAAUCCCUACAAAAAUCCCAAUAGAUUCUCUUUUGCAGGAAUAGAACAACCUAUCUUGAAAUUCACAUGGAAUCUCAAGGGACUCAAAAGAGCCAAAACAAUCCUGAAAAAGAACAAAGUUGGAGAACUCACACUUCAUAAUUUGAAAACUUAUUACAAAGCUACAGUAAACAAAACAGAUACUACUGGCAUAAGGACAGACAUACAGAACAAUGGAAUAUAAUAGCCAGCCCAGAAAUAAACCCUUACAUAUUUGGCGCCCUUUGACAAGAAUGUCAAAACUAUUCAAUGGAGAAAGGACCAUUUUUUCCACAAACGAUGCUGGGAAAAUUGGAUGCAACAUGCAAAAGUAUGAAGGUGGAUCCUUACGUUAUACCAUAUAGAAAAAUUAAUUCAAAAUGGAUCAAAGAGAAUUGAGUCAAGAUAGAGGAGUAGGAGGAUGUAAAGUUCACCUUUCCCCACAAAUGCAUCAAAAAUACACCUACAGGAAGGAGUUAAGAUGGCAGAGGAAUAGGAGGAUGUAGGGUUCAUCUCUCUCCACAGAUGCAUCAUGAAUAUAUCUAUAGAUGCAACAAUUCUCACAGAAUACCAACUGAACACUGCCAGAAGACCUUGGACACUGGAUCUUUAUAGUCCUUUCUGACUUUCUUUAUAGUCAGAAAGGACUAUAAAAAUCCCUGCUUAACUGGGUGGGAUGAAAAAAGAAGGGAGAAGGAGGAGGAGAGGAAGCAAGAUGGAACCUGCACCCUGGAGCAGGGGAGCUGAGGCAGAGGAGAAAUUCCCGAAUUCAGGGAAACCCCCCCUCCAAUGGGGAAACCCCCUCUCUGAUGGGGAAAUCAAUUGGGACAGAAGGGAAGCAUUUGAGGCUGUUGGAAGAGGGUGAAGUGGCUGAUCUGUGACAGACUGGACAGAGUGAGAACUACACAGAUGGUCUGUACUGUGGCCCUAUGUGCCCUAGACUGGGACGUGUGUUCACAGGAGUGCAAAGGAGCUGGUAGCUGGAGCAAGGGGACUGGAGAACAGAUCCAGAGCGAGAACUGCUGUUGGCGGUGGGGACACAGACUGAGGAGAUGGGAGGGAGGAAAUCCACAACAGGGAAUGCCUACAGAGGAAGACUGGACUGCCACAGAAGCAGGGCACUACUGCUGAGUCACAUGCAGGGGGAGGAGCCAAAUAUGUAACCUCUCUCUCCCCACAUGCUGGCGCCUGCUGACAACAAUAAAAGAAGCCCAAUCAAGGCUGGCUCUUGCAUGCCAGCUGCUGGGCAAUAAAAAAAGCCCCCGUCAGAGCUGGCCCUCACAUGCUGGCUGCAGGGAAAUAGGAAAAGCCCUCUCAGGUCUGGCUUUCAUGCACCAGCCACCAGCCACCAGAAAAGCCCCUCAGUAGGGCCAUAUCUCUUGUGCCCGUGGCUGCUGGCUUCCCUGCACAGUUGGCGCUGCCUGAGCUCCCACAAUCCAAGAAGUCAGACCACCUCUGCACCCUGUCCUCACUGGGGCAGACCAAAGAGCUCCAAGGCAGCCUCAGGACCAGACUUCUAUGGGUGGACCACACACAGAGGUGGGGAUAAAACCAAAGCUGAACCCCAGGGAUGGGGUGACUAAGGAAGAAGACUGAAAACCUUUCCAUCAGCUGCACUAGCUACAGAUUAAAUCUACAUAAUCAGAUAGGUAAACCCUGCAUCUAUGGAAUACCUGAGUAGACAAUGAGUGUUCUCACAAAAGAAAACAGUCUAGCUCUGACAGCUGUGGACUUAGGGGGCAGCACACACAGGAGUUGGGCCAGAUCAGAGUCUCAGUUGUCCCCAAAGGGCCCACAGCAAGUUCAGGGACCAGGCCAGAGACAGAGGAGGGUCUCUUGCAGAGGCAGAGGUGGGCUGUGCCUCAGGGUGUGUGCAAGGACACUUAGAGCUGAGACCUCAGGGAAACAUAAUUAUUAUUAUUAAUUUUAUUAUGUUUUGAUUCAUUCUGUUGUUGGUUCUGCCUUGUUUUUUGUUUUCUAGUAUAUAUUUUUU